ACGGCGACGUAGUUAGAAAAAUCAUCAAUCUGGAAAAGGGUUUCAAAACUCUAGGCGGUCUCCGAAAUUGGCAAAUUGCAAGAAUUUUGGAUCCAAUGGUGUGGUUUCAGUGCGAAGAUUGUGGCGAGAGUCUGAAGAAGCCAAGGCUCUCGAGGCACUUGCGUAUGUGCACUGCCACCAAGUUUUCUUGCAUUGACUGUGGAAACAUGUUUGGGCAAGAUAGUGUUUACUAUCAUAAUCAAUGCAUCACUGAGGCUGAGAAAUAUGGUCCAAAGGGGCUAUCUAAUGGUGAAAAUUCGAAACAAAAGCACGAUUUCGAUAUAAAUACCGAGUUAUACAAGAGUCCUUCAUGGUUUUGUAGCUUAUGUAAUGCAAAUAUGACCUGCGAGCAGGAUUAUUUUGCCCAUGUCUAUGGAAAGAAACACCAAGAGAAAGCAAAUGAGGUUGCUGAUAUGGACUACUCUAAACAACAAUCUGAACAACCACCAGUUGACAAGCACAACUUAAAACAACAACCCGACUUUGAUAUAUAUGUCGGGUUAUCAAACCACUAUCCAUGGUUCUGUAGCUUGUGUAACAUAAUGGCUACCAGUCAGCAGACUUUGUUAUCACAUGCCAAUGGGAAGAAACACCGAGCGAACGUCGAAUGGUUUGAUGCUGAACAACAGCAACGACAAGUAACACAACAUUCCACGAUGGACAACUCAAAACAACAGAUCGAAGUCGAUAUAAAUGUUGGGUUAUCCAAUUGUUAUCCAUGGUUUUGUAGCUUGUGUAACGUGAAGGCUACAUGCCAGCAGAAUUUGCUAUCCCAUGCCAAUGGUAGAAAACACCGAGAAAAUAUCGAAUUGUUUGAUGCUACACAACAACAACAGUUAGAAAAAUCCUCAGUGGAUAAGAAGGAUACAAUUGAAAAUGCUUCUGAUGGUAAUUCCGAACAGAAGAGAGUAGAUUUGCUUGUCUCAUCAGGUGUUGCAAAUGGAUAUCCUCAGGCCGGCAAAAAGAGAAAGCUAGAGACUUUCGAUGAAACACGGAACAGGGAGGUAGUUCAGGCCGAAGAAGCAGAAGGAGGGGGUGAGAAAAAGCAAGAGAAUAAGAAGAAGCGAAAGAAGGAAAAGAAGCAAACUAUGUCAGACUCUGAUUUCGAGUAUGACAAGGAAGAUAUCAAGCAGCUGUUGGUAUCUUACUCGAAGGAAGAGCUUGUUAACCUCAUAUACAAGACUGCUGAGAAGGGUUCUCGAUUGAUCUCUGCCAUCCUUGAAUCGGCUGACCGUGACAUCGCUCAGCGCAAUAUAUUUGUGCGUGGAUUUGGAUGGGACACAACACAUGAGAACCUCAAGGCGGCGUUUGAGACUUAUGGGGAGAUAGAGGAUUGCUCGGUGGUCAUGGACAAGGACACGGGAAGAGGUAAAGGGUAUGGGUUUGUGCAGUUCAAGACGCGGAAAGGAGCGAGAGAGGCAUUGAAAAGACCGGAGAAGAGGAUGUACAACCGCAUCGUGGUAUGUAAUCUAGCAUCAAAGAAGCCGUCUGGGGCUGGAAAGGAGCAGGAUAUGGCUGAACCGGUGAAGAUUGAUCUAACUCAGAUGGCCAAUCAAAGUGAAGCAGUCUUGCCCGGUCCCGAACUGGGUCACGGACAUGUACUCAAGAAGAUGCACCACCAACAACAGACUAUAGAUAUGUUCGGACAGAACAUUCCUUUUUACGGACACUCUCAUCAGUUUCCUGGUUUUGAUCCAAUGUAUGGUGCAUUAAGUGGUCUAGCAAACUAUGGUAUGUUUGGCUCGGGUAUGAUGAUGAACCAAGGAUCGAUGUUGCAGCCACCACCGAAUCAUUUAGGCAUGGCAGGGCAAUAUUUUGGUGAUGGGGGACAUGCUUGGCAUCAGAGGUAGCUGAGAUCAUUUGGUAAGGCUGUUAUCUCUGAUAUAUUAAUUAGACUUUCAAUUUUCGGUUAGGCUAAUUACUAAUCUGGUAUCUUCAACCUACCUGAGUAAAUCUAUGUAAGCCAGAAAAGCAAAGUUCCGGUUUCGAGUUGUGUGAAUAUAUACCAAACAAAACCAGCCUUUUGGGGUUUGAUUUGAGAGUUUUUUAUUUGGUUGGAUAAAAAAUAACUACAAGAAUAAACAUAAGUAAAAAUGUUUGAUAUUUA